UCCCCUAAGCUGUGCCUGCUCAAACCCGGCAGUCCUCAGCCCGGACUUACCACCCGCCCUGCCAGCCAGCCACAUGAAGCCUGUGCCGCUUCUCCAGCUCCUGCUGUCCAUUCUCCUAGCACCACAGCUGGUGCCUGGGAGCCCCAAGCAACAUCUUAUAAAGUAUAUUUUGGAACCUCCGCCCUGCAGAGUGGCCCCUGGAAACUGUACUAUGUUCUGUACAGAGCAGGAAGAUUGCCCAACAGGACUUCAGUGCUGUUCUGCCUUCUGUGGGAUAAUCUGUACGGUAAACACACAGGACACCCGUAAAAAAAAAUCUCCAUAAAUGUCAUGAUUAAGAGC